ACAAGUGUCGUCUUUCGGCUUGAUAAGAAGAGCCGCCCGCAAUCAAGCGAUUUCAUUAUUUUGUGGAACAAUUGCAAGCCAAAAGUAUGCCCUAGGAGGAAUCGGCAGGCACAAAGGUAGUCACUGUGGAACACCAGCGAAAAGAUGCAGAAGCAAGAGGAGGUGCUGUCGCGCCUGCGCCAGAUAUUUGACAUAUUUUUGCGCGAUAACUUUUCCACAACCAACAAUGUUUACUUUGAGAAACUCCUCACCCACUUGCAGGCCAAGGAGAACGCGUAUGUGCUGGAGGCCCCAUUUGUGGUCGAAUGGGUGGACAAGUGCAUCACCAUGGUGGUGGAGGACUUCAACAAAAUCCACCCAAAGGUCAUCUCGUUCAUGCUAAAUCUGAGCAGCUAUCUGGCGCACAACGAGUGGAUGAUUGUGCGACUGCGGGAGCUGGAUAUUGUGAACAGAAUCAUAAAACUGCUGCAGUCGGGGGAUCGCAACUUCAGCCCUUCAAUAAAGCUGGGCGGCAUUCGUCUGAUGAAGGCCAUAAGCAGGUAUAGCAUGGGGCUCGCGUUUCUGCGCAUCCACCGCGCCUGGCAGCUGCUCAUCCAGUACUCCAACAACGAUCACACCCUGUACGUGGUGCGGGAGGCCAGGGCGGUGCUCUACGAUGUGCUGUACAAGUCCUGCGACAAGUUGCACGACAAGGCCGUGACACUGGAGAUCCUGUCCGAGAUCCUGCAGCCCAUCCACGACAAUCUGUACAAGAAUACCGACAGCGAGGAGCGAAUCCACAUUAAGGUGGACGACAACGAACUGCUGCACAAGAUCUCUGCUACGCUGGACCUGCUCUCCUACAUCCUGCAACAGACGCUGGUGCUCGAGGAGCGGACCAGCCUAAUUGCGCUGCUCAAGGAGUACCACGACUUCGAAAUAACCAUAUGGAAACUGAUCGACAUGACGCACAAUCCGUACUUCAUCGAGAAGAUAUUUACAACGCUCAGCAGCUAUAACUUUGCCCUGCUGAUGCACGAAAAGCUGCUGAAUCUGGACUCUGCCGAGCCCCCCGAAGAGUUCACCGAGUUCGGGCUGUCGUUCUUCAAUCUCAUGAAAUUCUUUAUCACCCGCAAGGACGGCGUGAGCUUUGUCAAGCUGGCGGAGCUGAAUCACGUGCUGUGGAAGAAGCUCGGAGCGCGUGCGCCCAAGGAGAUAGUUAUACAGCAGGAGCGUGUCACUUUCGAGAACCAACUUAUUUGCUUUCACAUGCUGCCGCUGCUAUUCUCCAUGAAGUACGCCCAAAAGAUCAACGACGAGGAGAACAAGGUUGACGUUUUCGACGCCUAUGUUGUCAAGCUGCUGGAGAUAUCCUGCGAGCAGACGCUGCGACUUUGCUACACGAUGCGAGACGCUUUUUUCACGGCGGACGGCACAUCAGUUGGUCUGGUGACACCUGGGCUGGCGAACAAGUGCAUCCACAGUUUGCUGGCCUUGGAGAAGGUGCUUGAUCGGGAGCAGGCGGUCACUGUCUGCCAAGCACUGUUCUAUGUCCUCCGCGAGGCUGUCGCCUUGAGCGUAAUAACCAACAAUAUGCAGGAUGACUGCCACAGCGUUAGCAGUGCCGGCAGUUCCUACCUAGAAAUGUACCCCCGUGGCACUGAGUUGGUCGUCAACGAUCCGAAGGUUCUGCACUCCGUCAUGGUGGGUCUUCGUACUCUAAUCGAACGUUUCAAGAUCACCUGGAAAGAGUCGGUGGAGACUAUUGGCCUAGUAAACUGUCUGGCGUUUGUUCUGGAGAACACCAACAUGGAUGCCAGGUGCACUGUCCAGGCCUUAAAACUCGUUCAGCUGGCUGUAGAGCACUUCCUAUCACCAAAUAUGGCUCUGCUGGUGGACAAUUUGCAGGGCUCGGCGCUGGUUUGCCUGGGUCCCAUCAUAGUAAAGCGGAUGCACGACACCAUGUGGGAAGUGCGUGACACCACGCUAGAGUUGACCACCUCCAUUGCUAGUAUCUCCCGCAUCAAGUUUCCCGCCUUUCAACGAUUUCUAAUCGACUCAAAGAUACCUCCAAUAGUGUACGAAAUGGCGAAGAACGAUUCGGAGAACUAUGUCCGCGCAUCGGCCUUUAAGUGCCUUUCGCAAAUGGUAUCAAUUAAUCUGCUGUGGGAGAAUGGGCUUAGUCAACUCGAUCUUGUGGAUCAUCUGCUGUUUGUGAUGUAUCGUGAGAACGAUGAUAUUGUGCGCUCCGAGGCCGUGGUCACCCUGAUGAAGAUUUACGAGCACCGUAAGAUCCAUAACAAGUACAAGAACACGCUAUUUUCAACACUCAACUACUGUGUGGCCGGGGAUCACCACUCGGAAGUGAAGAUGAGAGCGUUGGAGUUUUGGCGUCGGGAGUUCUAUCGUCAGUUUAGCAAUCAGGGCAUGAUUGAUGGUGUUUUUCCCACGGUUACCUUUUCCAAGGAGCAAAAGAAAAUCGUCACGCUGACGGAGAAGGAAAUUCAAACGAGCAUUGCCAAGGUCUUUGGCGAGAUGCAACAGUACGGAUACUUCGGCAUCAUGCUAAAGUGCCUGCGCGAGGAGGCCUCAAUGGAAGUCCUCGAGUUUAUCAUCAAGGGCGUAAAAAUAAUGACUGAGAAGUUCGAGCGCUACAAAGGCAUACUGGACGAGAUCGAAUUGAGGUCUCCGCUCCUGGACAACGAGCAGUCACGGUUUGGUUUUCCAUCACAAAAUCAGCAAAGGCCAGCUUCCCAGGAACCCGGACAGGGAUCGCCAAUGAACUCAGCCCAGUCGGAGGAGGUCAUUGAGGCCAUACUGAACUCGCAGGAUGCCCAGCUGCUGGAGAAGGCGUUCGAGACGCAGAUGCAAAUUAACGAUGAGGAGGAGAAAACGGACGAAAAGCGCCAUAUAGAUGAGUUCUACUACAAACAGUUUGCGGUGCCGCUGCGACAGUUUUACGCGGAACUGAAGAACAUCGACUUGGAUCAGUUAGUAAAGCAGCAUCAGGAGUGGUUCGAGUGCAAGGAGAACUUCACUUCCCUUCUGGAUGAUAUUCUGAGUGCGAUUAAGCGCGACGAUGAGAACAUGAUUUCGGACUGCUACUAAUGUCUGCAGAUCCGGGGCUAAGCCGAUUUAUAGUCGAAACCACUCUGUGAAGUAAACUUAACGUGUUUUUUCUUGAAAUUUAAACUAUUUUUGAUAACUAUGUACGUUACAAAUAAAAUGAGAUUUUAUUCCGCCACCACAAAACAUAA